GCAGCAGACAGACGGACAGACAGACAGGCAGGCAGGCAGGCAGCGGAGUUGGUACGAACAUCUUCGACUUCUCAAAACCAAAAACACCUCGACUGCUCUUCAGCUACGCUGCUCCACAAGAAAUGCCUCGGACUCAUCGCUGUUUUUUGGGGGGGGAUUCACGUUGGAUUUAGCGUCUAAAUCACUCCGGACAAAGAUGCCUAAACGUGAAGUAAACAGCGUAGGAGAAAGUGUGCCUUGUUUGGAGCCGAACGGGUCGUGGUGCCACAACAUAAAACUCGGAGCGCAUCAAGGCCAGUAGCAGCCUGUAGCACUAGUUAGCUCGUCGGCUAACGCUAGCCUGCUAACGUUACAGGUGUUUAGGCAGCAAAUAACCAAACGUAACUUGUAGCUGUAGUUAGCUGGCAACAAGCUGAGCUCACGUGUCGUGACUCAACACUGAACUCAAUGUGCAUAUUAAAGGCUUUUUAGCAAACGCCGAGUAGCAAGUAUGACACUUGGCGACAUUGUUGUUAGCCGUUAGCUUCUUAGUUAGCCGCUGUCCCGUGUUUACAGCCGCAGCAGGGCUAGCCUCACUAGCUCACCGAGCUAGCGAGUUAACUUUACAGCUACAUGUGCUUAUUUUACGGUGUAGCUAACUAGUUUAACCCGACUCGACUCCGGACCUGCAGUGUGGUUUAGUGUCACUCUUCAUAUUUGCAAAGCGAGACAGUUUUGACUCUUUUUUUCUCCGCCGUGCCUUGCCUUGGACUGACCCACCCAAAAGGACUCUCUCUCCGGGGCCGAUGCUGACAGCUCAGUCCGGAGCACGGCAACGCCAGGAGCCGCUACAGCGAUGCAGCCCCAGCAGAUAUACGACUUUUCAAGUGACGAGAACAGUCACAAAUGGAGAGGCCUCUUCGUGCAAGCUUUGCGGAAGGUUCAGAAGCAGGUCCACCCGAACCUCAUGGCGAGGGAGGACGCCCUGCAGCACAUCGAGGAGCUGAUCCUGCAGCUGCUCAGCAUGCUGUGUGUGGCCCAGCCUCGCUCCGUGCAGGACGUAGAAGAACGUGUCCAGAAAACUUUCCCCCACCCGAUAGAUAAGUGGGCGAUUGCCGACGCCCAGUCAGCUAUUGAGAAACGCAAGAGGAGAAACCCUUUACUUCUCCCUGUGGACAAGAUACACCCACUGCUGAAGGAGGUUUUGGGCUAUAAAGUGGACUACCAUGUUUCCCUGUACAUCGUGGCUGUGCUUGAAUACAUAUCAGCAGACAUACUGAAACUGGCGGGCAACUACGUCGGCAACAUUCGUCACUAUGAAAUCAGCCAGCAGGACAUCAAGGUGUCAAUGUGUGCAGACAAGGUGUUGAUGGACAUGUUUGACCAGGAGGAGGACAUCGGCUUGAUGUCUCAGUGCACCGAGGAGCCGUCGUCCUCCGGGGAGCUCACGUACGACGACCUGGUGAAGCUUGAAAUCGCAGAGGAGCGGCAGUACCUGCGAGAGCUCGACCUCAUCAUCAAAGUGUUCCGCCAGCACUUCCUGUCCAACCCCAAAAUCUUCACGCCUCAGGACGUGGAGGUGAUCUUCAGCAACAUCCUGGACAUCCACGAGCUGACGGUGAAGCUGCUCGGACUGAUCGAGGAUGCCGUGGAGAUGACGGCUGAUGGCAGCCCUCAUCCGCUGGUGGGCAGCUGCUUUGAAGACCUAGCAGAGGAGCAGGCGUUCGACCCUUACGAGACCCUGUCUCAGGAUAUCCUCAGUAAGGAUUUCCACGAGCACUUCAACAACCUGAUGGCGCGGUCAACCGCCGGCCUCUACUUCCAGUCAGUUGCAGAAGGCUUCAAAGAAGCCGUCCAGUAUGUCCUCCCACAGCUGAUGAUGGUCCCAGUAUACCACUGUAUGCACUACUUUGAGCUGCUGCAGCAACUUCAGGAGCGCAGUCAAGACCAAGAUGACCGAGAGUGUCUGAAACAGGCGAUCACUGCGCUGCUUAAUCUCCAGUGUAGCGUGGAGCGCAUCUAUGCCAAGCACCAGCCUCGCCGUAAACCUGGUGAGCCCAUGUACCGCCUGUACAGCAGGCAGGUUCGUAGCAAACAACUCGCCAUCAAACGCAUGAACGAGAUUCAGAAGAGCAUCGACGGCUGGGAGGGAAAAGACAUCGGUCAGUGCUGCAGCGAGUUCAUCCUGGAGGGGCCGCUUGCACGAGCCGGCGCCAAGCACGAGAGACACAACUUCCUGUUUGACGGCCUGAUGAUAAGUUGCAAGGCCAAUCAGAGCUCGCGGCUCCCGGGUUCGGGCAGCGGGGCGGAGUACCGUCUGAAGGAGAAGUUUGUGCUGAGGAAGAUCCGCAUCGUGGACCGCGAGGACUCGGUGGAUCUGCGGCACGCCUUUGAACUGAUAGGAAAGGAUGAAAACUGUGCCGUUUUCUGUGCACGGACAGCAGAGGAGAAGGCGGCGUGGAUGGCCGGGCUGGUGACUCUGCAGUACCGCUCUACUUUGGAUCGCAUGUUGGACACGGUGCUGCAGCACGAUGAGCAGGCGCAUCCUCUAAGACUGCCCUCCCCGGAGGUUUACCGCUUUGCCGUCCAGGACUCUGAGGAGAAUAUUGUGUUUGAGGACAAAGUGCAGAGCAAAACGGGCAUCCCCAUCAUUAAGGCCGGCACAGUGGUCAAGCUUAUAGAGAGGCUCACCUACCAUAUGUAUGCUGAUCCUAACUUUGUGCGCACGUUUCUUACAACAUACCGAUCAUUCUGCAAACCACAAGAGCUCCUCACCCUGCUGAUAGACAGGAUUGAGAUCCCUGAGCCAGAACCGACUGAGGAGGACCGACAGGCUCUCUGGAACGGCGACCAGCCAAUGGCGGCCGAGCUCCAGAGAUUCCGGAAGGAAUACGUGCAGCCGGUCCAACUCAGGGUUCUCAACGUUUUCCGUCAGUGGGUCGAGCAUCAUUUCUACGACUUUGAGAACGAUCCAGAGCUGAGGAGUCGAUUAGAGGAGUACAUCUCCAGCAAGAUCCAGCUGAGAGGCAAGUCGAUGAGAAAGUGGGUUGAGUCGAUCAAUAAGAUCAUCAGGAGGAAGCUGCAGACGCAGUCAAAUGGAGUUAGCCACAACAUCACCUUCGAGAGCCCGCCUCCUCCCAUCGAGUGGCACAUCUGCAGAGCGGGCCAAGUGGACUCCUUUGACCUCAUGACCCUUCAUCCCAUAGAGAUCGCCCGGCAGCUGACUCUGCUCGAGUCAGAGCUGUACAGAGCUGUCCGGCCGUCCGAGCUGGUCGGCAGCGUCUGGACCAAAGAGGACAAAGAGAAGAACUCGCCGAACUUGCUCCGCAUGAUCCGCCACACCACCAACCUCACACUGUGGUUCGAGAAGUGCAUUGUAGAGACGUUGAACCUGGAAGAGAGGGUGGCGGUGUUAUCGCGGGUCAUUGAGAUUCUGCAGGUUUUCCAGGAGCUCAACAACUUCAACGGCGUGCUGGAGGUGGUCAGUGCCAUCAACUCCGUCCCAGUCUACAGGCUGGACCACACCUUCGAGGCAAUACCAGAGAGGAAAAAGAAAAUCCUGGAAGAGGCUGUGGAACUGAGCCAGGACCACUUUAAGAAAUACUUGGCUAAACUCAAGUCAAUAAACCCACCCUGUGUGCCUUUUUUUGGUAUUUAUUUAACCAACAUCCUGAAGACGGAGGAAGGCAACCCAGACUUCCUCAAACGCCACGGCAAGGAGCUGAUCAACUUCAGCAAGAGGAGGAAAGUGGCUGAAAUCACAGGAGAGAUCCAGCAGUAUCAGAACCAGCCCUACUGUCUGAAAGUGGAGCACGAGAUCAGGAGGUUCUUCGAGAACCUGAACCCGAUGGGCAACAGGAGCGAGAAGGAGUUUUACGACUACCUGUUCAAAAUGUCUCUGGAUAUUGAGCCACGGAACUGCAGGCAGGCUCCUCGAUUCCCCAGGAAGACCAUGUACACUCUGAAAUCCCCGGGGAUCCGGCCCGUGCGAACGUCUACCUCUGGCACCCUGAAGAAUCACCCCGUCCCCCUGGAGAGGGAGCCCCCGCAUAAGAUCACCUUCCGGAGUAUCGCCGAGACCGAGCCGGAGAUGUCGGCCUCGGUGCCCACCUCCCCUAAUACGCCGACCCCGCCGCAGUCGGCCUCCUCCGACCUCAGCUCGGUCUUCAUGGAUCACGACUUCUGCAGCUCGUAUGGCGGCAGCAACUCCAUAUUUGCUCCUGUUCUUCUGCCGCCUUCAAAGUUCCAGUCCGUGUCUUGCGGCAGCCUCCACCAGCUCGGGGAGGAGCUGCUGAAGCCUCCUCCUCUGCCGCCACGAAGGAAAGACGCAAUGUCUGAAGCCAAACUGAGCUCCAGGUCCGACAGCCCCCCAGCCAUCCCUCCCCGGCUGCCCCCUCCUCUGCCCCGGAUCCAACCUCGACCGCUGGUCUACAACGGCCCCCCCAUGGAUGGCCCCCUGCCCAGCCCUCCUCCUCCGCCACCCCGAGACCCUCAGCCUGACACGCCUCCCCCGGUGCCCCAGCGGCCCCCAGAGAUCUUCAUCAACUACCCCCUCAACAUGCAGCCUUCCCCCGUGGGCCGAUACCACUGGGACUUCAGCAGCUCCCCCAGCUCCCCCAACACCCCGCCCAGCACGCCGUCGCCCCGCAUCCCCAGGCGGAGCUGCCCGCUCAGCGCCAGCCAGAACAGCCUGUACCCUCUUCCUGUUCCCAUCACCGCUCCACCUGUCCCCCCACGCCACAACUCCAGCCCACAACUCCCCAAACUCCCACCAAAGACAUACAAAAGGGAGCUGCUGCUGCAGCCGCCGCCGCUGCCGCUACAAGGCCUCUCAUUGGUGGAGAACACAGACGGCAGCCAGUGAGUCUGCUUUGUUUUUUUUGGGUUUUUUUUUUAAAAACACCAAGAGGUUAUCUUGAAAUGCAAACUUCAAACUGUCUCCUGCAAACUACGACACAGUGGACUCAAAGCUACUGAUCAGAAAGAAUAACACUGCUCCACACACUCUUAACUCCACCCACCCGCCCUCCGCAUCGACCAAUCGCACCCCCCGCUGUGCCUCUCAGGGGAUCAGUAGCUUCGCCUUCAUCAUAAACCCUCUGUGCCAAUGAGAAACCCUCACCGGUGUGCCAGCUAAUAAACAACAAGGAGUUUGAGUGUUUGUCUUUUUGUUCUACAUGGAGCGGGACUGUUGCUCCUGAUGAAAGUUCUCACCCCUCACACUCUUAACUUACCCUAGUCCCACUCCUCUGUCAGGGUGGGGGUGAAUGUGGGGGGGCCUUGGACUUUGUAGCGUCUAAUGUCAUGCUUUUGUUUCUUUGGGUAUUGACAUGAUCUGGAGUCGUGCUGCAGCUCACAGAUCUUUAAGACCGCUCUCCUCCUCGAUGAUCCACUCAGACGUAGCUCUUUCACAGUGGCUGUGAGCAGCAAACAUUUCCAUUGAUAUGUUUUUCCUACGAACUGAUAAACAAACAGUUGCCAAAGUCUUAUUUUAUGCAGGGGGAAAAGGGAUUUUCUUUUUUUUUUCUUUUUUAAACAAAUGUGACAUUAAAAGAAACGCAUAGCAGAGGCGACACUGAAUCCCCCACCUUGUAUCUCAACUGUACACUGUGACUGUAUAGACGUGAGUCAAACUGUCUUGACUGUUUGUUUUUUUUUGUUUGUUUUUUUUUACCUGAAGACAGGCCUCUCCGCAGCCACAAAAUUGUUGCCUUUUAAAAAUCCAACAGCGGUGACCCCAGGCUCCAGUCCUCUCGGCCCGGAUGGGACAGCGAGAGCCGAGAAAACACUCCAUUUGCACAUCGAGUUUGGGCCAAGUCAGCAGGUUUCCAUCAGACUAUUGACAAUAUCCCUGAGCGGUGUGCGACAGCGGGAGGUCUGCCUCGAUAUCAAAGCGGCUCCGAUCCAGGACGAAGACGGGGAGAGCUGUACGUUCUCUCUCCAACGCUUCCACAGCUGAUGUCUUAACCGAUCCCCUGACAGACGUGCGCUGCUGUCUUGACACUGUGCUUUCUCCAAAAGCCCCCCCCCCCCCCCCCCCCCCCCCCACCAUGACCAACUCUUCUUCAUUGGUAUUCAAACUCGGCACUGGAAGUGCGCAACCUCCUACCAGAGCUGGGUCAGCUCCCCCCAGUGGCUGCUCCAAAUGCCUAAAAGCCCAUGAAAAAGAGGAACUUUUCAAACCCAACUUCUUCUUUCUGUCUCUUUUUCUUUUUUUUCCUGCUUGAAAACAUUUUUGUUUCACUUUUGAAAGACUGAAAUAAUCCAUGCAUCAUGCUCAGAUGUGCCUUUUAUUUUAUUUUCUACUUAAGCAAAUGGUGUCUAAAAUGCAAAAAAAAAAUAAAGUUGCCUAUGUAAUGUUUAGAACAAAGCUAUACACUAUGAAAUUGUACAUGUUUGUGGAUACUGUGUAUAUAUAACAUGUAUACACUAACUAAAUAAUUUGUAUAAAGUGGCAAGUUCUUCCCCCCCCCCCCCCUCCCGUUGUAUUGUACCCUCAUCCGCAUCUGUUCAGUCGAAUAUUGCCUAAUAAUCCAAUGCUGCUACAGUCGGAUAAAAAAAAAACUAAAAAACAAAACCAGAAAAAAAACAGGUCACUGUCACUAACUUACUUACAGACAAUCUCCGGUUGAGACACUGGGAGUAUUAACUGAGGAAAGCCAUUGUUUCUUCCCUGCCCCUUAGCUGUUUGAAAGCAAUGAAAAGAAUACAGUUCAGUAUGCCAAGCACUUACUUAGACGUGUGCUUCACUUUCUACAUCUUACUAAUUGCCUUUUUCUCCUUUUCAAAGACUUUUUUUUUUUUUUUUAAUGCUAACAUUCAUUAAACCGGUUGGGAUUGUAUUAAAGUUGCAGUUGAAUAUACAAAGACCGAUAUUCAGAUGCAAGUAUUUGAGCAGAGUGAAGAAUUGGGACAUUUUUAUUUUUAUAUUUUAUUUUUUUUUUUCAGAGAAACACACUUUGUGCACUUUAGGCUGUACUGUUGAAGAGCCACAGUUGUUGAUAGGUCAUGUUUGUAAAUGCAAUGGUCCUAUGCAACUGUUCAAACUCACUUUCUACGUGGAUAAGGAUGGAAAAAACAAGUCUACCACCUCUCGUUCAUCCACACGAUGUCUGCAGACACAAACACCUGAGAAUGUCUGACGACCACGAGGUUUCAGCGAAAAUUAAACAAACUAAUCUCUCGUGCCCCUUUUCCUCUCGGUCUUGCUGUGUUUUGUGCACGAUGGUGGACGAUUAAACUUCCGAUCAAACUAGAGAUAAAAGCGGAGUGUUGGAGGAUGAAGCUGAAGUCGAAUCACUUCACUGUCUUCACUCAUGUUCUGUCCAUUUCCCCGAGUUUCCCAAACCAGUGUUGGUGGGGUUGAUUUUGCCAAAUUUGUCUCUUCUGUUUUCUAUGUUUGUUUGUUUAGUUGUUUUUGUUUAACCCCAGCCCUGACCGAAUAACAGAUUGGUUUUCCUCCAGUGGCACUGUAACAGCUUGAUCCAGCAGUCGGUUUAUUUGAUGGUAUGUGGCCUUUUAACUGCUUUGUAUUAAUGGUCUUCAUGAGAUUAAUAAAUCACCCAGUCUUAUUUUGUACUGAA